AUACAUACUGUACAGUACACCAAGAGGGCAAAUGAUAUGGUUUUAAGUGAAUUAUUUCAACAUAUACUGUAUGGGAUGAAAUAUAAAAAUGUUAAAGGGCCGAUAUUGGGCUGGAAACCUUAAGAACUAUAUUUAGAUCUAAUACAAAUGUUUCAAAAAUAACUCCUAAACGGACGACACUGGCACAGAUUAUAUCUUAUACUUCAAGGUCGUUUAUAUUUAGACAUUUCCCAUGGCAGCCAUGUUGGCUGGACGUUCGCGGAGUAUCCCGCAACUAUUUUGCCGUUUCGAUAAAUGCAACAAGUUUCUUUUGAAAACAAAGUUUCGACCAGCACAGAGACAUCUGCAGCAAUGUUCCAGUCUAUCAACAAAGUUUGUUCCAGUUACCACAGUGCAAAGUGACUACAGUAAACAGUGGUACUGUGACUUCCAUCAAAAUGUGCGGACAUUUCACACAGCGACUUCACUUUGCAAUGAAGUGAAAACAGUAAACUGUCCACCUUUUGCAGAAUCUAUCACAGAAGGUGAUAUAAGAUGGGAAAAAGCUGUUGGUGAUUCGGUACAAUUGGAUGAGGUUAUAGCAGAGGUAGAAACUGACAAAACAUCAAUUCAGAUCCCAAGCCCUGUUGCUGGUGUUAUAGAAUCAUUUCUAGUUAAUGAUGGAGACACAGUAGAAGCUGGUAUGCAGCUCUGUACAAUUAAAGCCGGAGCUGCUGCUGCAGCUGGAGCCAAACCAUCUGAGCCAAAAGCUGCCCCAGCACCACAGGCCUCAGCCCCUGCCUCACCACCUCCUCCUCCAUCAGAUGCUGCAGCCUCAGGACCCAUUCCAACCAGCCCUCCACCCCCACAACCUCUCCCCACAGGGCCAAUAUCAUCCACACCAGCUUCAGCAGUAAAACCAGUACCAGCAGCACCUCAGAUGUCUGCUGGUGAAAUCUCUACAAGUGGCGGUAGAGGAGAAAGUAGGGUGAAGAUGAAUAGAAUGAGGCUGAGAAUAGCUCAAAGACUUAAAGAUGCACAGAACACCUGUGCAAUGUUAACCACUUUUAAUGAAGUAGACAUGAGUCACAUAAUGGAAAUGAGAACUAAAUAUAAAGAUGUCUUCCUAAAGACACAUGGUUUAAAACUUGGUUUUAUGUCGGCAUUUAUCAAAGCAUCUGCCUACGCUCUUCAAGAUCUGCCACAAGUUAAUGCUGUUAUUGACAAUACAGAAAUAGUAUACAGAGACUAUAUAGACAUUAGUGUAGCUGUUUCUACUCCAAAAGGAUUAGUAGUGCCUGUGAUACGUAAUGUUGAAGGAAUGAAUUAUGCUGAAAUAGAAAAGGCUAUGAACGCUUUAGGUGAAAAGGCACGAUCAGGAAAUCUUGCAAUAGAAGAUAUGGAUGGUGGUACGUUUACAAUAUCAAAUGGAGGAGUAUUUGGCUCUAUGUUUGGAACUCCAAUUAUUAACCCUCCUCAGUCAGCUAUUCUAGGCAUGCAUGGAAUCUUUGAUAGACCAGUUGCUAUUAAAGGCAAGGUUGAAAUACGUCCGAUGAUGUACGUUGCCUUGACAUAUGACCAUAGACUGAUUGAUGGGCGAGAGGCCGUUACCUUCCUUAAGAAAAUCAAGUCAUCUGUAGAAGAUCCCACCACCAUGCUACUACAGUUGUAAUAAUAGUCUCAUUUAGAAGCUCUUAAUAUAUAUAUCUUAUUGUUUGUUAAGGAAGAGACCUAUCAACAAUUGAUCUGUGUAAUCAAUGAAUGGUUUUCAUCUCAUUUUUCCUAUCUCAAAAUAUUGAACAUUUGUUUGAAAUUGGUGUAACAUACAAUUGGUGCAUAUAAUUCUGGUUUAAUACAGAUCAUCAGGGAUAUGUACCAAGUUAUUUAUUUAAGCUGAGAGCAUAAUGAGUCUAGGUUUAUGUGUAUGUAUAAGAUUUGACUAGGUUAUAAAUUUGAUCUUAGUGUUUCACUUCAGGACAGUGUCAGAUUACCUUCUCCUUAUAAGUUAUAUCUAGGUAACUUAUAUAAAACAUAUUCACCAAGUAUCAUAAAUAUAAUGUGAUGACGGCUCAAGCUAUGUUCCACUGUUGAAAUGUAAGGGUAACUAUCUGAAAUAAAGUGGAUUUUUCUAUUGAUAAACUCUACUCUUUAAUCAGCCUAAUGUAAAUUCAAGCUUUCUGAUAUUGUAGCUUUAGCCUGGGUAUAUUUAUAGCAUUUUUUUAAAACACCAACUGUGUUGAUGUACAUUUGUGGAAUUAUAUAAAAAUGAAUUGCAUAGUGUCUUAAGAGGAGUUUGGAGUAAUGGAAAUUAUACCUAUAAAUUAAUGAGAGAACUGUGUUAUAAUUUGAUAAACAACAUUAAAUACCUAUUUGAUUUUCUCAAUGUAUUUUUUAAAUGAUGCAGAAUAGCAUAAAAUACUGGCAACUAUUUUUGAAUGUGUAAACCCAAUUGCUACUUCACUUGGAGAUAGAAAAAAACACACCUUUAAAUGCCUUGGCUAGGAGCAGGUUACAGGGAAAUAAAGGUCUGUUACUUAUUUGAAUCUGUUAACAGUAAGACAAUAUUUAGUUCGGUCUACUCCUACCAUUUUAUAAUAUUUGUUUAAUUUUUUUUCCUGUCUGUAUUCUUGUUUUACUAGGCAGGAAUAGUGCUGAAAUACCAUCCUGUCAUCUAGUGGAAUAUCUUUACUCAUAGCUCCAGUGAUAUGUAAAGGUGAAAGUUAAAUUUAUCUUUUAUCAGGCAAUAUAACUUUCACAUAGUGACAGGAAGGUUCAAUAAUUUCUAUGAUUUUUAUUCAUGCUAUGAAAUUUUUGUUUCUGAGUAUAGCAUUUUGUAUGCACAUUAAUUGUGCUGGUCUUGUUUUAUUUACCCUUGUGUUGAAAGCUGAUUUUUGGGGACCCUAUAAUAAAUUUUUUGUCUUUGACUUCUGAUAUGAGAAUAAAAAAAACAGUGAUUGGUAAAGGUUUGAAUAUUCUAAGCAGUGUAUGAAUAAUCUACUGUGUAUGUAUAAUUCAGGUAAAAGUUUUGUUUUAUUUUGAUAGUGUGACAGUUUGAAAUUGUCCUUACAAUAGUCGUAUCUGGAUAAACAUUUAUCAUUCUGUUUAAUUUCUAUGUAAGAUGACAUACUAUAAAAUUGUUAGGUUUUUAUUGAUAAAGAAAAUAAGAAAUGAA